UUUGAAUGAAUAUGGAGAAGCUGGGUUGCGUACGUUGACGCUUGCUUAUAAAAAGCUUGAGGAGUCUGAGUAUUCUGCUUGGAACAAUGAAUUUCAAAAGCAAAAUCAUCUAUCGGGGCUGAUAGGGAGGUGAUGCUCGAGCGAGUAGCAGAGAAGAUGGAAAAAGACUUGAUCAUGGUUGGUGCUACAGCUGUGGAGGACAAAUUGCAAAAAAGGGCUGUGAUGGCCAGUGACUUUGCUAUUGCCCAGUUUCAGUUUUUGGAGAGACUUUUGGUUGUCCAUGGACAUUGGUGCUAUAAAAGGAUUGCUCAGAUGAUUUGCUACUUCUACAAAAAUAUAGCAUUUGGUCUGGUACAUGCUACUUUGAGGCAUUCACCGGAUAUUCAGGGUAAUCAAUAUAUGAUGACUGGUACAUGCUAUCGUUCAAUGUUAUUCUAA